GGUCACAUUUCAAGUUCUUGCAACAAUAAAAAUUAGUAAGACACGCGUCAAAUGAGGGAUCCACGCAUGAAUCCACCUGUUGCACACGUGCUAACAGUCUAACACCUCCAUCAAAUCUAACAAUCUCACUUUCCUCUAUUUUUUUUUUGGUGAAAGGAUCUCACUUUCCUUAUGAAAAUACUAAAACACCCCUAUUACCUUUACCUAAGGCGGAGUCCAUUGUUCAAAACAUAAAAGAAAAAAUUAAAAAUAAUAAUCCCACCUUUGGCACAUCUGUUCAAAAUAAUCCCACCUUUACGUAUUCUAGAAAUAAUUCCACUUUGUACCCCCAUCUUCCCAAAAUGAUCCUUUUACCGGUUUAUGAAUUAGUAACCUGUUUUAAAUAAUUUUAAAAAAAAUAAACAAAACAAUUUUUUUUUAAAAAUCUCCCAGCCCCAGCCUGUGUACGAUCACCCCCUUCAUCGCCGGACUGAAAGGGCCCGCCACCCCUUUAUCACCACCAUCACAACCCCCUGCCGUCGCCCCUUACCACCAUCACAACAAAGUCUCACCUUCCUCCGCUGUUGCUGCCACCACAACUCACCGCCACCAAGCGAACCCACACACACCAAAUCGCCACCACCGCACCAAAUAGCACAACAUCACGUGCGAAGCUCGUGAUUCGGUUCGGAUUAUACCCAGGUUUGUGCACCCGAUGCUGCUAUUGUUGGCGGAAGUAGGUGGAGCAGGGGUUGUUCUUGGUGCCGUUGUGGGCUGUGAUGCGGAUUGUGGAGUGAAGAUGCGGUUUGUGAUCAACUGCUGUCGAAUUUUGGUGAGGUGGAGUGCGGCGACCUGAGGAGUGAGCUGGGCUGCUCUGUUGGUGUCGCGGGACUGUCGGGAUUGGUUGUUGCGAGGUGAGGGAUGGUGGCUGCACGGUUGUGGGGUGCAGGGUAGGACUGCCGGGGUUGGUGCAGUGAAGAAGAAGCUAGAAUGAAGAUUGUUUGGGUGGAGGUCAGGUCUGUGGUGAAAGGGGGUGGGGAUGGGAAUAGGUUGGAAUUAGGAUUUUGGGAGGAGGUCAUGUGGUGGUGUGAUGGUGGUUAUGGUGGUUGACAUGGAUGCAGCCAUGGAGGGGGUGAGGUGAGAGAAGAGGGAUUAGAAGAAAAUAAAAAAAAAAAAUUAAAAAAAAAAAUCUAACCUGUUUUACAGGUUGGAGGUAAAAAGUCUCAUUUUGAGAAUAUGCGGUACAAAGAUGGAAUUAUUUCUAAAUUACGCAAAGAUAAGAUUAUUUUGAGAAUAUGUACUAAAGGUGGGAUUAUUCUUUAAUAAAAUCCAAUUCAAUAAAUAUUCAUAGUACUCAGAAACUUUAAAAAAUGAAAUAAUAAACUUUUUAUAUUUUAAAAUUCAUUUCUGUGGUCCCCAGAUAAACCUUUUCUCAAUACUACCGUCCUGUGUGACGGCCCAAAAAUUAAUUGGGCCCCUAGAAAGAAAAGGAUACCCCACAUUUUAAGGGCUACCGUUGUCUAUUUCUCCUCCUUUACACCCCAAUUUUUCCAGUACUCUUAUUGAUUUUACACACCAAAAAAAAAAAAAAAAAAAAAAAAAAAAUCUCAAGACUUUUUUUUCUCUCCACAUUUUUUGAUGGGUUUUCCAGCAGAAACUUGGAUGUCUCAGAUUGAAGAAAUUGGAUUGAAUUUCUACUAUUUCAUCAAAUCAGCUUCAUAGUCCAGAAAACUGCUUCCUACAACAGAUUUAAAUCGAAGAGUUCAACCGGAGCUCUGAAAGGUUAUCUAUAUUCGGUGGAACUAAUAACUGUGGCGGUGAAUUUACAAAUGGUAGCGGCUGAAUUGGAAAUAAUGGCACAAGCAGAGGUUAAUUCACCAGCAAUGACAGCAACCAUAGAUCCUCAUCACAACCCCAAAAACAAUCACACAGACCAUAAUCAUAACCAUGGCAACGGCGGGACCAACAAUAAUAACAACAACAACUACGCGUUCCCAGCCUUGGGGCGCCAGUCUUCAAUUUACUCUCUUACCUUGGAUGAGUUUCAGCAUACUCUUAGUGAGAACGGCAAGAAUUUUGGGUCGAUGAAUAUGGACGAGUUCCUAAACAGUAUUUGGACUGCUGAGGAGAACCAAUCUCAUCAUGGCCACCAUCAUGAACAUCCUAAUAAUGUUCAGCUGCCUUCUGUUAGUGUUGCAGCUUCUUCGAGUAGUAAGGGGGCUAUAGCUAAGCAGGCGAGUUUGCCGAGGCAAGGCUCCCUCACCCUCCCAGCACCACUGUGCAGGAAGACAGUUGAUGAAGUUUGGACUGAGAUUCAGAGGAUCCAACAGCCUGAGGAUGAUGAACAGCAGCAAAAUAAUCAGCAGCAACAACAGGUGGUAAAUUCCAAUGAUCCUCAGCGCCAAGCGACGUUUGGAGAGAUGACUCUAGAGGACUUCCUGAUUAAAGCAGGUGUUGUUCGCGAACAAUGUGGGCCCACGGCGCCAACACCAUUGGCAGUAGCACCCGCUCCACCUCCAGCUCAGCACCCGCCUCACCACCAAUUUGGCUUUAGUGCUCCCCAGAUGGGUCCUACCUUCGUCACAAGGCCCAUGAUGGGCAUGGCCCCAGGAGGGGCCUACCAGCCUAUGCCACCAAGUGCAGGAGAGAGUUCCGGAUACACAGGGAAUGGAAAGAGGAGUAAUGGGUAUCCAGCUCCAGUGGUAGGGCCCUCAGUGGCCUGUUAUGGAGGUCGUAUGAAUAAUGGAGGUGGCCCUGGUGGAGCUUUCACACCUGGUGCACCAGUUAGCCCGGUUUCUCCAGAGGGUAUGUGCGGGCCAGGUCAGGUAGACAAUCCUGGUGGCCAGUAUGGGAUGGACAUGGCUGCGUUACGAGGGAGGAAGAGGAUUAUUGACGGCCCAGUGGAGAAAGUGGUGGAGAGGAGGCAGAGGAGGAUGAUCAAGAAUAGAGAGUCUGCUGCCAGGUCUAGAGCCAGGAAACAGGCGUAUACCGUAGAGCUGGAAGCAGAAUUAAAUCAGUUAAGGGAGGAGAAUGCACAAUUAAAGCAGGCCCUGGAUGAUAUAGAGAGAAAGGAAACAGCAGUAUCAUGAGGAGCAGAAUUUACAGGCAGUACUGAGCAGGGCACAGAGAACUCAAGAUAAGCUGAGAACAAUGAGGAGUCGGAGCUGCACCCUUUAGAUUAGAUUCAAAGAGGAAACUGAGUCCGGAUAUAGUAUUUAGUAGUAAUUAUGUAAUCUGAUCUUCAGAGAUCAAUAAUGUAGUGUUAGUUGUUCUUUUAGGUUAUAUUAUACACAAAGCAAAACAGCCUACCUUUCUCUUCUGUUGUCAUCUUUAAAAUGCUGUAAAUAUUUUCUGCUUUUUAGCAAUCAGUUGCAGAAUUUGUAUAUGGAUUUCAUCCUCUCCUUAAUGUAUCGCAAACUUAACAGGAGAAUCUGUCAGAUAGAAAUUCAAGUCAAAUUUUGAAACAAGUUGCUAAUUCUCAUUAUGCGUUCUGAAUAUAGGUUUAUAUUGAUCAGUCUA